AUGGCAACCCAACUGGCAAGCACCCGGCAGCCCUUCGCACCGCUCAACUCUUCCCGCCUACAAACCCUCACUUCGCUCAAGAACCGCCAGAAUGCCAUAUCCUCCCUAACCCCAUCCUCAAAACGCAAAGCCGCCUCCUUCGAUGCCGACCACAGCAACGAAGACGGCGAGAAUAUCGACCCCGCCGCCUUCCUGUCGCCCAAGCGCUGCAAAGGCGCCGAUGUGAAGGAUGGUGGCUGCAAGCCAGUCAACUACUUCCUGACCACCUCCACGUCGUCGCCCGCUGCUGCUGCUGCUGCUGCUGCCAAGCUCCCGCCGCCAGGACGUGCGAUCCUCCAUGCGCGAUCGCCUGCGAAUCCGAGACUCGAGAUCGGGGGUGCAGGUGUGAGGAAGACGCCAUUGAGUGCGCCCGCCGGCCGCAGCCCCACGCGCAAACGCGCCGGCAUCCUCCACCGGCGGAAGACGGGUGGUGGAAGCUCGCCCUUCACGCGCGUCGACCCGCCCAAGUUCUCGUCUUCUGCUCUCUCUUCGUCGCUGGGCUUGGGCUUCUCCAUCGAUGCCGCGCUGUCGGGUACGAUUCCCGGCUACGCGUCAAGGGCGAAGGAGCAGGAGCGGGAGCGGGAGCUGCAGCAGGAGCAAGAGCAAGAGCGGGAGCAGCGUCAGAUGAGCAGCGUCCCGGCGCUGUGGACGGACGACAAGCCGAGGGAGUCGUGGAACUUUGAGAUCUACGAGGACACGGAGGAGGAGCUGGCUACGAACCUCAUGGAGCAUGGGGCGUGCACGCUGGAAAUCAGUAGCGACGAGGAGAGCGCGGCGCGCGAGCGGGAUCUCAGGGGUAAAGAGAACGUGCCCCCUGAGGCGGAGGAUGGGGGUGAUGUCAGUCAGACGAGCUCUGCAUCUUCUUCCUCUACCUCUGCUGAUGCGGCUACGCUGGCCGUGCAAUCCGCCAUGAAAGCUAGCACGAACCGUGCUCCGAGGAGAGGGAGGAUGCAGGACGCCAACGCGAUUGUCAUCGACCGCUGCCCGCUCGGUGAUCUCCCGGCCGAGGACUUCUACGCUGAAGGCUGCGAUGAGAAUACCGUCGUUCUCGCCGAUGCCGAUGUCGACGCCGAUGCUGAUGCCAGCGCUCUGAUCACUCCUCCUGCCGACGGAAGUGAAAACGACGGUCGCGCUAGUACUAGUACCAGUCAUGUCCCAGCAUCGACCUUUGACUUGGCGGCUGGGGCGCUGCACAAGGGCAAGGGUAAGGCUAUCGAGAUCGAUCUCGAUGUCUUGAUGGCGAAGAGCGCGGAGAGUGGUGCGCCUGGCGCGAGGCUCUUGGAGCCGCUUGAGAAGGCCGAGGUCGGAUGGACCGUUUGGGAGAGCGGGAGCGCGAAGGCUGACGGGGAGGAGGAGUAG